AUGGUCCAGCAUAUGUAUUCAACCCAGCUGUUGUAUUAUGGGAGUCCAUUCCACCACAAUGGACACUCAUCCUGCAGUGGUGCAGCACUCCUCACAACACUCCCCACAGCACACCACACAGCACCCCUACCAGAUUCAGGAAACCACAUGGCCAAGGCUGAAAGUUCUGAAAAUUUUCUUCUUUCUUCUCUCUUUUCUGAUUCUUUCUUUUCUCUCUGCAACUUUUUUAAACUUUCUUCCUUUUUUUCUCCCUUUUUCUUCUCUUGGACCUUUUUUCUUUCUUUUUUCUCGUUUUCCUUUUCUCUUGUCUUCCUUUCUUUUUUUUUCUCCCUCUUUCUCUCCUCUCUUCCUUUUUUUCUUUUUUCUCCUCUUUUUUCUCUUUUUCUUUCUUUUUUCUCCCUCUUUCUUCUCUCCUCUCUUCCUUUCUUUCUUUUUCUCCUUUUUCUUCUGAAAAUUCCUUUCCCUUCUCCCUCUUUUUUCUCCUUGCCUUUCCUUUCUUUUUUUUCCUCUUUCUUCUCUCCUGCCUUCCUUUCUUUCUUUUUUCUCCCUCUUUCUUACCACAUGUCUUCCUUUCUUUUUUCUCCCUCUUUCUUCUCUCCUGCCUUCCUUUCUUUCUUUUUUCUCCCUCUUUCUUCUCUCCUCUCUUCCUUUCUUUCUUUUUUCUCCCUCUUUCUUCUCUCCUGCCUUCCUUUCUUUUUUUUCAAUUUUUUUUUCUCUUUCUUUCUCUUUCUGCCUUCCUUUCUUUUUUUUUCUUUCUUUUCUUCUCGUCUUUAUUUCCUUUUUUUUUCUCCCUCUUUCUUCUCUCCAAGAUUCCUUCCUUUCUUAUUUUUCACUUUUUUUCUUCUCCUGCCUUCCUUCCUUUCUUUUUUCUCUCUCUUUCUUACCACAUGUCUUCCUUUCUUUUUUCUCCCUCUUUCUUCUCUCCUGCCUUCCUUUCUUUCUUUUUUCUCCCUCUUUCUUCUCUCCUACCUUCCUUUCUUUCUUUUUUCUCUCUCUUUCUUACCACAUGUCUUCCUUUCUUUUUUCUCCCUCUUUCUUCUCUCCUGCCUUCCUUUUUUUUUUUUCUCCCUAAGAAUGGAUUUUUCUUUUCUUUUUUUUUCUCUUUCUUACCACAUGUCUUCUCCUUUCUUUUUUCUUUUUUCUUUUCUUCCACCUUCUUCUUUCUUUCUUUUUUUUUCUUUCUUCUCUCCUGUCUUCCUUUCUUUCUUUUUUCUCUCUCUUUCUUACCACAUGUCUUCCUUUCUUUUUUCUCCUCCUUUUUUUUCUUUCUUCCUUCUUUCUUUCUUUUUUUUUUCUUUUCUUUUCAUUCUUCCUUUCUUUUUUUCUCCCUAUUUCUUCUCUUUUGCAAAUUUCUUUUUUUUUCUUUUGUUUUCUUCUCCUUUUUUUUCUUUCUUUUUCUCCCUUUCUUCUCUCAACCUUUCUUUUCUUUUUUUUCUCUUUUUUUCUCUUUCCUGCUUUCUUUCUUUCUUUUUCUCCUCUUUCUUCUCUUUCUCUUCCUUUUUUUUUCUCCCUUUUCUUCUUCCUUUCUAUCUUCCCUUUCUUUUCUCCCUCUUUCUAUUUCCUCUCUUCCCUUUUUCUUUUUCUCUUUUUUCUAAUUUUCUUUUCCUUUUUUUUCUCCUUUUUCUUUUUUUCUUUCUUUUCUUUUUUCUCCUCUUUUUCUUCUCUCCUUCCUUCCUUUCUUUCUUCUUCUUUUUUCUCUCCUACUUUCUUUUUUUUCUCCCUUUCUUUUUUCUUUUUUUCCUUUUUCUUUCUUUUUAG